AUGGCCGAUUCCAACGCCACCCCUCUCGCCGACGGCGCCGACGCGCAAACACCGCUGCACGACGCUGCUGCCGCCGCCACGACAAACGGCACCGACACGAACGGCAGCGUGGAUGUGGAAAUGAAGGAGGAUGAUGCACCAGUUGAUACCCUCCCCCCCGCCGGCACCGCCACCGCCGUCGCGCCCGUCGCCGCAACAACAACAGCAGCAGCCUCCGGCACCGCCCCCGACACCACAACAACGCCAGGCAACGCAACACCGCCCGUCGCCUCCACCACCACCGCCGCCGCUGCCGCCGCCCCCGUCACCACCACAACAUCCACGAACAUGGGCCGCACCGGCUCGCCGCGCCCCGGCAGCUCGACGCCAAGCCGACAGCAGCAACAAGCGUAUGCGCAGCAACAAGGACAAGGGCAAGGACAAGGACAAGCACAGCAGCAGCAGCAGCAGGUACAACAACAGCAGCAGCAGCAGGAGCUGCCCACGCAACCCAACGCGCACGGCAGCCCGACGCGCGUGUACCUGAACCAGAACGUGACGCCGCACCUGUUGGAGGGGAUGAAGAAGUUGGCGUUGGAAGAGUGA